AUGGAUGAAGAGUAUUUGAAAGUAAGGCUUGGAGAAGAGGAGAUCAAGGUUGUAAAGGGAAAGAGUGCAUAUGAUGUUUUUAAUGAAACCAGCAAAGGCGAGAAUGAUAUUGUGGUGUGCAAGAUCAAUGGUGUUUUGAGCGACAUGUGCACGAAGAUAGAGAAAGACUGUGUGCUAGAGUUUGUGAAGUUUGACGAUGAGGAAGGACGGGAAGUAUUCUGGCAUUCAUCAGCACAUGUUCUGGGGAAUGCACUGUUGAACCUGUAUCCUGGAGCAAAGCUGUCGCAUGGGCCAGCGACCGAAGAAGGGUUUUUCUACGAUGUACAUGUUUUGCAAGCGAUUUCGUCGGAUGAUUACAAGAAGAUUGAGGAUGAGAUGUAUAGGAUCAUAAAGAAGAAUUCAAGGUUUGAAAAAAUUGCAAAGAGUAGAGAUGAGCUGCUGGAGAUGUAUAGGGGUAAUCCGUUUAAGACACACUUCCUGAAUAAGAUUGAGGGAGGAAGCACUGUUUAUAAGUCAGGGGAGUUUGUGGAUAUGUGUCUUGGGCCUCAUGUAAGAUCGACUGGGAUGAUAAAAGCAGUUAAGGUGUUGAAGAACGGCAGUGCAUAUUUUUUGAAUGAUCCGAAUCGGGAGUCGUUGCAGAGGGUGUAUGGAGUUGCAUUUCCAUCGAAAGAGCUACUGCAAGAAUACUUGAGAAUGAAGGAGGAAGCAAAGGAAAGGGAUCAUAGGAAAAUAGGUGGCGAGCUUGAGCUGUUUUUUUUCUCGAAGUACUCACCAGGAUCAUGCUUUUUUCUUCCGAACGGAGCGAUUGUUUACAACACGCUGAUUGAAUUUUUGAGAGGAGAGUAUAUGAAAAGAGGAUUUAAAGAGGUUAUAACGCCGAAUAUUUUCUGCACACAGCUCUGGGAAGAAAGUGGGCACUUGGCAAACUACAAGGAUAAUAUGUUUAUCAUCGAAGGGAACGAGUUUGCAUUGAAGCCUAUGAACUGUCCUGGGCAUUGUGUUAUGUUCAAGCACCAAGACCACAGCUUCAGAGAGCUUCCGCUGAGGUAUGCAGACUUUGGGGUGCUGCACCGAAACGAGCUGACUGGUGCGCUUACUGGAUUAACCAGGGUAAGAAGGUUUCAACAGGAUGAUGCACAUAUAUUCUGCACUAAGGAGCAGGUAAAGGAUGAGAUCAAGGGAUGCAUUGAUUUUCUAAGGUUUGUGUAUGGAAUAUUUAAGUUUAGAUUUGAAUUGGGAUUGAGCACAAGGCCUAAGCAGUAUCUUGGAUCGAUUGAUGAGUGGGAUGAUGCAGAAAAGGCGCUUUCUGAUGCCAUGGACGAAUGUGGAAUUCCAUUCAAAAUCAAUGAAGGCGAUGGAGCAUUCUAUGGACCCAAGAUUGAUAUCAUACUCCAUGAUGCAUUGGGAAGGGCGAUACAGUGUGCAACUAUCCAGCUUGACUUUCAGCUUCCACAGAGGUUUGAGCUGAGAUAUCGUGACAGUGAUGGACAGCAGAAAACACCUGUUAUAAUACACAGGGCGAUUCUUGGAAGCAUAGAAAGGAUGAUUGCAAUUAUCCUUGAGAAUUUUAGAAAGAGGCUGCCGUUCUGGUUGUCACCAAGACAAGUGGCUAUUGUUAGCAUGGGAAAUACCGAGUAUGUUAGUGAGGUGAAGGCUUUACUCUCUAGGUUUAGGGUUGAUGUGAUUGAUGAUAAUAACACGUUGAACAAGAGGAUAAGGACAGCCGAAACACAGGGAUAUGCAUUCGUGUGUGUUAUUGGGAAGAAAGAAGCAGAAAAUCGAGAGAUAAAUGUCAGGCUUGGAAAAGAAAACAAGAACAUCAGCAUCGGUGCAUUUAAAGGCAUUCUGGAUCAGAUGGCUGAUGAGAAACUUGAGUUUGAUGACAUCUUGGACAUUGAGAAGGCCACGAUAAGCAAUUAA